AAGAACCGUUGGAUGAAAAUCCGACAGGGAACUGAACUGAGUUGUGUCCAAAAUCACAGAGAAGGGGAGAUAGAUAAAGGGGAGUGAUAGAGCAGGCGAAGACGAUGUCUGCAACAACAGCAUCUCUAUCUCUACCCGUUUCCAGACCCAGAUUCCGAAAUUCAGCUCAAACCCACCAUUUCUCCCCACUUUCUUCCUCUGUUUCGACCAGAACUGUCCUGGUUCUUCACAAUCCAGCUCCUAGGGUUCUUCUUCAUCAUCGGGAAAACACCGAACUUUGGAAGAUCUCUGCAUCUCCAGAAGAAAUCCCCCAGGAGAUUGUUUCUUCUUCUGCUUCUGACUCUUCUUCUUCUUCCGCUGCUGCUGCUGCUGCUGCUGCUGCUGCUGCUGCUGUGUCCGGUGGUGAAGAUGGUGUUGCCGUGGUUGUACAAGUGCUUCUCUUUUUCGCUUUUGCUGCUCUCUCUAUUCUCACCAUUGGUGUUAUCUACAUCGGAGUGAGUGAAUUCCUAGAGAAAAGAGAAAGAGAGAAGUUUGAGAAGGAAGAGGCAGCUAGGAAAUCCAAGAAAGGUGGGAAGAAGAAGGCAACGAGGGCCAAAGCUGGACCAAGAGGUUUCGGACAGAAGAUUGAAGACGACUACGAAGACAGUCUUCCAUGAGACAAUUUAAGUUCCAUUUGUUUAACAAUGCGAGAUUCAAGAAUGAUCUUUUGGUAACUCUCUGCAAAACUUGCCCCUGUUUUCCAA